AUGGAACUCCUUUCCUCGCAGCCCUUCCCGCAAAAGAUCUGGCAAAGCUGGAAAGACGACUCCCAAGACCCAACAGACCGCACAAUCGGCUUCCCCCAUCAAUGGCGCGUCGGCAACCCCGCCUGGCGGUACGAGCGCAUCACCGACGCCAACAACGACGCCUACGUCCGCGCCAACUUCGAUUCGUCCAUCGCCGACCUCUUCACGUCGCUAGAUGAUCCCAUCCUCAAAGCCGAUUUCCUGCGCUACCUGAUCCUGCUCCGCGAGGGCGGUGUGUGGGCCGACAUCGACGUCUACCCGCACCAGCCCGUCUCGCAAUGGAUCCCCGACCGGUACCGCGACCUGGGCAUCAACCUGGUCGUCGGUAUCGAGAACGACCACCACAAGCGGCCCAUCUGGCCCGGCUCCCCUUACUCGGUGCAGCUGUGUCAGUAUGUCGUGCUGGCGAAGCCGGGCCAUCCGGCCAUCAGGACACUGGUCGACAAGGUUGCGGGAGACCUCGGGGAGCUCCUCGAGUCGAAGAAGAAGAAGUCGUCGUCGUCGGGUAGCGUCACGGUGACGUUUGGAGAGGUCAUGUCCACGACGGGACCGUUUGCGUUUACCGAGGUCAUGAUGGAUUAUUUUUCAAGCAUCACGGGCGAAGCUCACACCGGCGACGAGCUGGAUCGGCUUCCGGAGCCCCGGGUGAUCGGCGAUGUGUUGGUCCUGCCCAAGGAUAGUUUUGGCUGGUUACCUCAAGAACACACUCAUGAGAAGGGGGACUCCAUGAUCCUCGUCGAGCAUUUGUUCAUCGGGUCCUGGAGGGCCGGUCAUCCUGGUUGA